AUGAAUGAGGCGGCAGUGGAUCCUUUGGAAUCCUCAAAUGCCUGGACCCCUUUGAUGCUAGCCGCAUUGAAGUCGAAAGUUUCUCAAAAGUACGUGGAGGUGAUGAUGCUCUUAAUAGAAAAUGGUGCGGACACUGAGGUGGCAGAUGCGAAAGGAAACACAAUAGUUCACAUACUGGCAUCAUUGGGUCAAACCGCGUUGCUGAAGCAAGUACUCCAUAAGGUCCCCUCGCUCGACAUUCUUGGCCCAGGUUUCGGUUACCUAACCCCACUGCACUACGCCGCUGAGGCUGGGCACUUCUCCACAGUUGAAUUUCUUCUGCAGUUAGGUGCUGAUCCUCGAGGUGUGGAUGCAAGUGGGUGGACACCGAUGCAUUGGGCCUGUAGACAAGGGGACAAACGAAUCAUCGGACUCCUCUUGAGCUCCGGAGGCAGCAUCGAAGAUCGUGAUUUUAGAUCUCUAACACCGCUAGAUGUCGCAUGCCUUUUCGGUCAUACUGCCUUGGCAAAGCUGCUGGAAGCGCAAAUGUCCCCAAAGUCCAGACAGGAUGUGCCUUUCAACACCGCAUUGCCGCCAACACAAAGCGACUCCAAGACUGAGGAUAGGAUGAACAGGAAGAGUUCACCAGAUUUGCACGCGGGCGCAGUGCAACGCAGUAAUUCUGCUUAUGAUUUUAAUGCAUGGCGGAGACGUUCGGAAUGUCGCUUCGGUUGGGACGGACGGACAUUCACCCGCUGUUGUUUGGCAGCGUUCGUCGUCACCAUAUCUGUUUUCGACUAUGCCUCAAGAGUUUCAAUGACGUUAUUUCUCGCAGCAGCGGCAGGAAAAUUCGAAGGAGCAGAGCCAUUACUUGUCGCUGCAGGCGUGCUGGCAUGCUUGUCAAUCUUCUUACCAAGCAUUGCUCUUGGACUUUGUUGCAGUUGUCACCUUAGAAACACAGGCAUCUGGGCAGCCUGGAAGGCUGCUACGCUUUUUCAUGUUACAGUGAAUUCCAAGGAAGAGGAAGGGCACAGCACGUUGUUUCCCAGGCGUUUGGUGUUAGGAGAAUUACUUGUUGUGAAAUACUUCAAGCUAUUGAGCUGCUGCAUUUUGCCUUCCACCCAGUGCACAGCAAUAAAAAUCGUCAUUGCAGGUUGCAUUUUGCCUCCCGCUGCAGUUGCGUGUUGUUUAGUACUGUUAAUACAAAUCGUAAUGGUGGCUGUAGUAGCCUCGCUUUCUGUCGUAGGUCUAUGGGCAUGCGGAUUUUUGGGAGUUACAGCACUCAAAGUAUUACUUGUUAGUCCCCGUGGUCUUCUGCCUUACCUCGACUGUCUGACGUACGCCUCGGCUGUAAGGUUCAAUUUGGCAGAAGUACAAAACCAGGGAAUCAAUCACACUGGCGAACCGGGGCCUCAACAGCUGCCAAACAGGGGAGGAGGACAGAUUAAGCCGGCUCGUGGGCAUGUCUGCCAAAGCUCGAAAGGUGGGGGACGUGUGGAUCGUUCCAACUCGUCUUCCAUCCCGAAGUAUGGUCAGGAUCUUCGCACUAUAAGCCAAGGAGAAGAGGAGCACGGGCAUGUCGACGUCUGCGUGCCUAGAGAUACAGGCGAUAGCGCCUGCAUUACAUCGUUAGGAGACCCCGCUGUUGAGUUCCGUCGUUCGUCUGCUUCGAAUUGGGCACGCUGUAAUCUUUGUACAAAACGAUAUGCGCGUUACACAAGAGCCACUCUUUGGGGUCGUGUUCAUCGGAAGCUCCAUCCAUGUCCCUCUUUGCAAGGUGCUAUACAGCUUCACCGCCAGCAUCUCAAGUCGCGCCUAGACAAACCGUUCCUGGCGGCCCACGGGGAGCGUCGUUUUAGUCGCCUAACACCGACUGCUUCUGUGUCCUCACGCUUAAGUGGCACUGUGGGUGAGCCUGGCAUGUCAACCCCUAGAGAGACGUCGGCCAAGGCUAACUGGCGUUUCCAUGGCAGCAGUGGCGGUCUCUUGGCCGACUCAUUACGGGCGCCGGUCGGUGUACAAGACCUCCGGCCAACUUUAACUCACGAAGAAAAACAGAAAUACUGGUCGAGUGGUUUGGCAGAAGGCUGCAUUCCAAGCCCUUGCGCAAGUAGUAAUUGUAAAGCCGCAUUACACCCUUGCAGAAACACUGGGCAGAGCCCAUGGAUAUCUAGCGUUCUGGAAUUUGUUUAUAAGGGUGAGGCUCAAGAGGCUACUGCGAUAUCAAAGGUUGGUGUAGAUGGUUAUCCGCAUGACCGCGCCUACGAGGAUUCUGUUGCUAAGGAUACUACUUUUUCGAAGUGCAGUGACGCUUCCAGUCUCCGGACAAAAAGUUUGGCUUCUGGUUUGGCGGCAGCUAAUCCUAACAGAUGGCUGAGAAGUGAGGCUAAGAAGCAGGGUGCUCCUGCUUCGCUCCUUGCGAUACCAGUGAGUGCCUCCCUCAACUCUCACACUGCUGGAGAAUCCCAUUCAAGCCUAGCACGCGCCAAAGUGCACAAGAAAGAAGAUUUGAAGAGCAAAUUUGAAUCUCGUCGUACAGAGGUGCUUCCUCCUGGUGGAUUUCGCGCAAGAACUGGCUGGAAAGGCUUCAAACUCUUUUUUACGGGUGGCUCAGAGCGCCGUGAGACUUCCGUUGAUAUUAACAAAGAAGAGUGUAGGCAGGUGCAGGUUACGCCUGGGCCCCCAAUUGUUCGAAUAUUCAAGAGGGGAAACAAAAGGCCACAGCCCUGUCAGCUUGAUGAUAAACAAUACAGUGACAUGAUUGUUCGGAGGGAACGGUGUAUAUUUAACUGGUAUGAGCGCCUUGUAACGUUCAGGUAUACUGAAAUUUCUGCAUUUAGGAGAGUAGAAGCAUCGCAACUCAAUGAGACAAGUUUUGAAACUAAAUCAGUUUCCCUUGGAGGUGGUCCGGAGGACGUUGUUCCACCUACAAGCCCGCGUUCCUCUGUUAACCAGGGGGAAGCCGGCAUUCAGUGGGCUAGCCUUCAUACACUCUUUCCACAUACUGAAUCCACCGAGCAGCUCGUUGAUGUGACAGAAACGUUGGAUGGCUGUACACCACUGCACCAAGAGCCGUUGGCGUGCAUGCACACCGAGGAUCUAUUUGAUUUGCCACCAAACGACUCAUUAACGUCUGAUGCUCGGCCUUACCUGUUUUGCAAACCACGCCACGACCAGCAGCGCCGUUUAGACCCAUCACGAGUCGUGGCUGGAUUUAAAUCCGCUGACUGUCCAGCCCCAACUCAUUGGAACAAGGCGCCUGAAUCCGGGGUUGCUGGUGAUGGCAGUAGCACCCGGGGAGAUAGUGGUUUAGACCAGCUUGCUUCUCCAGACAUGCAUUACCGGUUUCGGGAUAUGGUCGAAUUGCCCCAUUUACGAGAGACAUUUUUCAGCUUUUGGUGUCGCGAAUUCGAAAAGCUCCUUCUGUAUCAAGAUCAGCAUUUUGGGGAUAACUCUUUGUGGGUGACAAAUGCUCUGGAGAAGGAGAGUAUCAGUGCCUUUUCACAGGGAAAUGUUUCUUUCCGAGCAGAUGAAGUGCCCUGCACCACUCCCCCUGCGUCGUACAUACGGGAGGAAGCGGAUGUCUUCUCGAAGCAUUUCAAUGACAGAAGCAAGGAUGUGCUGUGGUUGGUCUGUCAACCCACGUGUGAAAGACAAGCAGGCAGGUCCUUCAACUCACCCCGGACGUUCGCUGCCACAGUGUGUACCCUGAGAGUGCUCGCUCUUUGGUGCCUCGCACUGGCUUUGCUGGUGUCGUCUGUGCAUGCGCUUAUCUUGUUUAGCCAGGCAGCUCGGAUUUUCUUCCCACUGAACGGAAGGAAGCAUGCCACGCAACUUAUGGUCGAGGCAUGA